CGUGUACGCUUUGGAUGUAGGAAUUUUCAGUAGAACUACAGCUUAUUAUGGAACCAUUAUGUAACGGUAGAGGUUAAGAGAAUCAGGGCGAUCAGAACUGCUCCCUCAAACACUGUUGAUAAUUAGAUAUGGCUGCUGCGAAACCACAGUUGCGCGGUCUUCUGGCCACCAGCAUGAAAAAGCACGGGAUCAUGACUUUGGUAGUGGGUUUGGGCACAGCUUUUGCUUUUAAAUUUUUAUAUGCUGAUCCUAAGAAACAGAGAUACGCCGAUUUUUACAAGACAUACGAUGCGGAUAAAGCUUUUCAAGUAAUGAGGAAUGCUGGAUUGCUUCAAUCUGUUGGUCCUGAGUGAAGGAGUAUUUAUUUAAUGUAAAAUGUUUAGAUUCUAAUGGGCUGGACCCGCCGACAGUCUGCCCUACUGUACACUUAAAUAAAAUACCUUAAAUAAA